AUGAUUACAAGACGGGUUUUGUUGUUAGGACUAACCAUUUUAGUAAUAUAUACAACAGUAAGUUUGGCCGGCAGCAAGGAUGAACAAGGAUGGCAACCUGCUACGGCUACCUGGUAUGGCCCUCCAGAAGGAGAUGGAAGCACAGGUGGUGCAUGUGGAUUUGGUGAUCUUGUGGAUAAGGUACCAUAUAAAACGAAAGUGAGCGCAGGAAAUCUCCCCGUGUGGAAAAAUGGAAAAGGUUGUGGAUCAUGCUACAAGGUAAAAUGUAGCGAGGACAUAUGCUCGGGAGAGGCAGUGCCAUUGAUAAUAACGGAUGAAUGCCCAGGGUGCUCCACAGAUCAAGUGUGGUUUGAUCUCAGCGGAUCAGCCUUUGGUCGUAUGGCCGUGCCCGGCCAGGCUGACGCCCUUCGUAAUAAGGGAAAGAUCAAAGUGCUUUACGAAAGGACAAAAUGCAUGUAUCCAGGGUGGAACUUGGCUUUCAGGGUAAACGAGGGAUCCAGUGAGUAUUAUUUCUCCGUACUCAUUAUGUACGAAGGGGGUGAUGGAGAUGUGGCAAGCGUCAAACUAAAACAGGCUGGAUCAAGCACUUGGACGGAAAUGCAGCAGUCAUGGGGAGCAAUAUGGUCCUUAACUGGAGUUGGUCCACUCAAGGCGCCAUUCUCUUUAUCUUUAACAUCACUCUCAACCGCAAAAACAGUGACUGCAAUGGAUGUCAUACCCAGCAGUUGGUACCCAACUGCCACUUACACAUCAUCCCUCCAACUCUUUUACUUCACUUCUAAUGAGACUUCAUUUUGA